AGCGCUCCGCUUUCCUCUCUCAGAAUACCACGAGACAGGAAUGGUGACGUCAAGCCCUUAAAAAAUUGUAACCGUAGUGAUGAUAGAAAAGACUCUCAAUCUUUACGGUUUAGGGAUGACUGCACGACAAAAAAAAAGGCUCAAGGGGAAAAAUCCGCAUGCGCGUUGUGCUUCGCCACUGCCUCUAGUGUCAUGGAGACGGCCGCUAUCUGUUUAACUUCCGCCUUCCCUCCUCCUCCUCGCUAUGUGAAAACCACGUUAGUGAUUGGCACAAAAUAUGUGAGGGGAGUAGUAGUAGAGUUUUUCCUUCACUUUUCUUUCUUUCUUUUUUUUGGUCAAAAGAGGUUUACCAGCACUAUAGAGAGGAUCUCUGUCUAUGGUUUGUGCUCUGAGUGACCUUUGCCGUGCUCUGAGGUGUCGCUACGGUGGCCUGCGAGGUGAGGAAGUAGCCGAAGGCAUGCUUGUCCUGCCGUUCUUGAAUGAGUGAAAGAGACGCCCCAUGUCUCCAGAGCAGCCACAGGACCCAGGGAGUCGCGGAUCCGACGGAGACGAGGAUGAUUUCGGGUACGGCCUGUUUCCAGACCGACAUCGAGGAAAAGGGAACAAGUCGAAGUCCUUUUUGUAUAACAGCCUUUUCACUUGCAACCAUAAGUGCAAGGUGAUGCUGAAGAUCGCCCUAGACACCAGUCCAUAUGCUAAACUGCUACUUGAUGCUAUGAAGAAUUCUGGUUGCACCGUUUUCAAAGAUCGACACUUCUCAUGUGAAGAAUGUGAUGGGUGUGUCAGUGGAGGAUUUGAUUCUUCAACAUCACAGAUUGUUCUAUGCCAAAACAAUAUUCAUAAUCAGUCUCAUAUGGACAGAGUGGUUACACAUGAACUUAUCCAUGCUUUUGAUCACUGCCGUGCACAUGUGGACUGGUUCAAUAAUGUCAAGCAUUUAGCUUGUUCAGAGAUUCGAGCUGCUAAUCUUAGUGGAGAUUGCUCUCUCUUAACUGAAAUGACCCGACUUAAAUUUGGAUUGAAGCAGCAUCAUCAGUCCUGUGUAAGAGACAGAGCUGUUCGCUCCAUCUUGGCUGUUAGGAAACUCAGCAAAGAGGUGGCUGAGAAAGCUGUGGAUGAAGUCUUUGAAUCAUGUUUCAAUGAUCAUGAACCAUUUGACAGAGUACCUCACAGCAAAUCAGAUGCAAAAUAUGCAUAUAGAGAUUUUCAAAACCGUGACCGAUACUACACAAAUUUAUAGACAACAAUGUUCAUUUCUAGCUCUCUGCUACAACAUUUGAGGACAAUCUUCAGAAGAUUAAUUGUGAGGAUAAUGAGUCCAUGAGCAGCAAAGAAUGUUCAUGCUGUUUGUUUUUUGUUCUGUGUUUUAUUCAGCAUACAAAUUAAUCUAGCAAUUUUUUCAGCGCACACAUAAAAGUAUAUAUGACUUAUCUACUGGGAAUUAACUUCGCAAAUGUUUUGGUUUUCAUCCUUGGUUGAAUAA